AUGAAGAAGUUUUUUGGAAAGCUGAAAGAAAAGGUCGAGAAAGAAGAAAAGGACAAGAAAGACAAGAAGAAUACUAAGAAGGACAAACAUGAAGAAGAAGAGGAUAAGCAAAAAAUAGAGAAGGAAGCCGCUGAAGCCAAAGCCAAAAAGGAAGAAGAGGAAAAAGUAGCCAAAGAAAAAGAAGCUGCUGAACAAAAAGCUAAAGAGGAAGCUGCUGAAAAGGAGAAAUUGGAGAAAGAAAAAGCAGAGAAAGAUGCCGAAGAAGCCAAAAAGAAAGAGGAAGAAGCUGCCAAAGAGAAAGAAGCGAAAGAAAAGGCUGAGAAAGAGGAACAAGAAAAAGCCGCAGCUGAAGCAAAAGAGAAAGAAGAAGCUGCAAUGAAAGCAAAACAAGAAGCAGAAGAAAAAGAAAAAAAGGAAGCUGCAGAGAAAGCGGCAGCUGAAGCCAAAGAGAAAGAAGAACAAGAAAAAGCUGAAUACGAGAAACAAGAAGCCGACAAAAAGAAAGCUGAAGAAGAAGCCGCUAAGAAAAAGGAAGAGGAAGAAGCAGCUGCUAAAAAGGCUGAAGAAGAGAAACCAAAAGAGACACCUCAAGAGGCAACUGGAUUGGGACUUGGAGCACAACCAAGUGGUCUUGGACUUGGAGCUCCAUCCGGAGGACUUGGAUUAGGAGCACAACCAACUGGAUUAGGGCUCGGUGCACCAACUGGUGGACUUGGAUUAGGAGGAGCACCCACUGGACUUGGUCUAGGUGCUCCUUCAUCUGGACUUGGAUUAGGAGCCCCUUCUGGAGGUUUAGGAUUAGGAGGAGCGCCUUCAGGUGGAUUAGGCCUUGGUGCGCCAUCAUCUGGUCUUGGGCUUGGAGCUCCAUCUGGAGGAUUAGGAUUGGGAGGUGCGCCGAUGGGUGGUAUGGGUGGAUUACCCGGUAUGGGCAUGCCAGCUAUGGGUGGAUUACCGACAAUGGGUGAGACCAAGACGGACGAAGUAGCCCCAGCAGCCACUGUUAAAACAACAACAAAGAAGAAAACCAACAAGAAGAAAAUGGUGAUAGCGCAGUCCGCCUUUUUUGCGCAUGAAAAUGCGGCGAAGGCUGAUAGUGUUUUGACCAAAUUAGCUGAUGACGCAGUUUUGGUCUUUGAUUGUGGCAGUUCGUUUAUUAAAAUUGGAGCAGCUGGUGAAGAGCAACCAAGAAAAGUUAUUCCAACGUGUUAUAUUGUUGAAGAAGAUGAAGAUGGUAACGAGACCAAAUUGUUUGGGUAUGACGCCAUUGAUAAAAACAGUAAACUUAUAUGGCCACUUGACCCACGAAAUGACACUGAUUGGGAUGGUCUUGAAGCCAUCAUUCAGAAUAUCUACGACGUCGAGUUAAACGGAUGUGAUCCAACUACACAUCCAGUGGUCAUGACUGAACUUCCAAAUAUGAAUGAAGCUGCUACUGAUCGAAUCAAAACAAUCAUGUUCAAUGAUUUGAAUGUUCCAUUCUUGAAGAUCGUCAACCCAGCUUUGAUGGCAUUGUACGCAGAAGGCCAAGAGACUGGUAUUGUUGUUGAAAUUGGGAACAGAAUGCAAAUAGUUCCAGCAGUUGAUGGGUAUGUCAUUGACAGUGCUAUUGAAAAGAUCAAAGGAAACGUCUCAGGUCUUACUGAGUACAUGUCCAGACUCUUAAGAACAUGUGGAUACAUUUACAGAACAUCACAAGAGAUGGAAUUGGUCAGAGCAAUCAAAGAAAAUGUGUGUUACGUUGCUUUGGACUACGACGCCGAAAUGAAGAAGAAAGCAACUUUGUCUAUGAAAGAAUUCACUAUUCCGGGUAAUAAACAGGCAAGCAAAUUCUACCAAGAAAGAUUCCAAUGCCCUGAAGCACUUUUCCAACCCGAAAAGGUUGGUUUGGAUACUCCGGGUCUUUCACAGAUGAUCUUUAAUACAAUCAAAAAAUGCCCAUUGACAUCGAGAAGACCAUUGCUCCAACACAUCGUAUUGGCUGGUGGAUCAACUUUAUUCCCAGGUCUUCCUGAACGGAUUGAGAAGGAUCUUAAAGUGAUUUUGGACGAAAAUAAAAUGAACGGAAGGGAUGUCAAGAUCAUGGUCCAUCAGAACAGAAAGUACUUGGCGUGGGCUGGUGCUUCAACACUUGGAGGGAUGACUUCGCUCCAGGAUGAGGAAGCCUGCACAAAAGACUACUAUACCAACAACUAA